AUGAUGUCCAGUAUUUCUGGUUAUUCCGUACAAGCAAUUAUCAAGAUACUUUUAAGCGAUCAGGUAGCUUGUAAUGUCUAUAAUGGUAAUGCAACAAAUGCUGUUCGUGCCAUGGACACUCUUGCAAAAAUAACCGCUAAACCAUACAUUUAUGCAAGUCAAUUUCAUAUUCUCGCUCUUGCGUCUGUUAUUUCAAAACCCAUCCACUCGGUGUACCCAGACACAACAUCAAGUGUCGCUAUAAAGAAAGCCUUGCAUGGUAUCUUCUAUCCCAGAGAAGUUCUUAGUAGUCAAAGUACUUCACCCGAUGCAAGCGAUCCUCUCUAUAUAAUGCGGACAAAUAUUCGACGUUUCCAACUUGAAAAAUUGUGGAAACCAAAUAAUUUUGUUACUGUGAUUGAACAGAUUUCACGACGUGACACAGAUGGAAGCUGUGCGGAUGUAACUAGAUGCAGAAGAAAAUUCUCAUCUACUAAAGAAGCCAGCCAUAUUGCAAAAUUACCUGAACGGUUUCUUUCCAGCACAACACCUAAACUUUCCAGGACAUCACCUAAACCUUCCAGCGCACCACCUAGACCUUCCAGCACACCGCCUAAACCUUCCAGCACACCACCUAAACCUUCCAGCACACCAUCUAAACCUUCCAGCACAACACCUAAACUUUCCAGAACACCACAAAAAGAGCAAAUGUUGAGGUCAAAACAUCCCAGUCUAAAUUGCCAAAAUACAACUUUGAGAAGAUACCCGUCCAACGAAAAUUGACAAACAAAAGCGAUACGCGUUACAGGCCAACCAUCUUAAAACGAAAGCGAGAUUGCAAAGCAGCAGCAGUUUCACUUGAAACGAAUCCAGCACAAUUGUCAAAGGAAACAGGGCAUACAGGCCCAAAUUUAUUAUCUUAUUUUAAAGCAGGUCCAGCUGAGGUUACAGUGACAGACGAGAAACAAAAUGAAAAGACAAGAAGUACGAAAAACGAAGAUAAUACGACCGCGAAAAGUAUGCCUGCAGUGGAGCUGGCGGAAGAAGUACUUCCACUGGUGGGACCAAGAUUAAAGUGGUACAAGGAAAAGGGGGUUACAGCCAGUAGUAACGCGAGCAGAUGUGAAGAGAGAAUGUCUAGACCUGUUAUGAUAGAAGGAAAUCAGCUGCAAAGAGUCAUGACAGGAAAUCUUUCCCAGAACGUCAAUGUACUUUUCCAAAAGUUAAGUGAAGCAGGUUCAGAAAAACAACAAAAACAUUUAGGUGCAAUGCUAUCUUUAGCUAAAUACGUUAUUGAGAAUGGUCCUAUUGUAGCAACUCGAGAUGUCACCAAAAUCUACAAAGAAUUAAAAGAAUUAAAACCUUCCCUCAGGAUUGAGUCUCCAAGAUUACUUGAGAUAAUGGGUAAGCAUUUAAAUGUUGCUCAAAUCUAUAUCGAUGGAAAAGCUUAUAUUUAAAAAAUCCAGGGGACGAAGUGCUGUGGUCGUUACACUCUAUCCACAAAAUAUCAGCAAUGAAGCAAAGUACAAUGAACGAAAAAGUUCGGGAAGUGAUAGGAAACGAAUUUGGUAUAAUUUUGCAAUAUCUUGACAGUAAGCGAGACAGAGACACUUUAAAUGCGAUUUUAACAAAAAUCACCAGUGUUAACUUCAUGUCGAAGUUGGCAAAUGUUCAGGACAAAAGACUUUUCCAAUGUUCUCAAGAUCAAGUAAGCCUUAACGUGCAGUUAUUUGAGGAAAUGAAGAGAAACAUCGAGCAGAGUGCAGAUCCGAUUUUAACAGGAGAACAAGCAAGACGAAAGAAGUACAGAAUGCUUCAAAAGAUGAAGCUUGAAAAGCUUCAACACAUGUUUAAAGGGAGAGGAAGACUUCUUAAGAGUGAUCAAUUUCCAGAUCUUGCUGGAGUCCUUCAAUUUUGUUUUGGUGAAGGAGAUCGAAUUGACAGGGCUGGAGGUGGAUUAGAGAGCCACCCAAGACUUAUUGACACUGUGCUUUGUUGUCCUGCAGAUAGUAAUACCAUCAUGAAACACACAAGAGAAACUGUCUUAGCGUUGGCGCCCAAAGGCUUUAACAUAAGCCUUUCGAGUUGCUUUAAUUAUACCCAAAACUUUAAAGAAGGCAUGUAUCAAGCAAAAAGACACCACUCUGGUAAAGGAAAUAAUGCGUGUCUAUCCCUUCACAAGCCUCCUCGUAUUGGAAAUGAGCAAUAUGUGGUCAAUCUACAAUGGUCAACUCACAACAUAAACCUCACAAUGGACCAUGCUCAUUUAAAUUCACGUAGUAUAAUGAGACUCAAAAGAUGCAAAAGCAAAGGUUCACACAGAUAUAUCACUGGUUCAAAAACCGGGGAAAACGUGGAGGAAGAUAACUCUCCCAGAUCACAACUGGGCUGGACUAGCACACAAAUGCCAUCACACCUAUGA